UUGAAAUACAAUAAAAUAUGAAAAAGUCCAAGGGAGGUGAAUACUUAUAGCCACUGUACACAUUCUGUACAUCCUGAACCUGAAACAGGUGUACCACUUUUGUCCAUUCAAUCAGAAUUGUUUCCAACCUUCUCUUUUUCUUUAUUUUCAAGGUCAUUACACACAUGGGUUAUGAUGUGUGGAAUGUCAUUGACAACAGAAAGAAAACACAUACAUACUUAGCAUUUCAAAGGGUUUUGUAUUUAUGACUGGGUGUGAAAAACAGUUUUAAUGUUACACAAAGCUCAUGAACAUUUUUUAUUACUAUAAGGAUAUCUUAGGUAAAACUGAGUUGAUGAUCUCAGCUUUUUACUGAAAAAGAACUGAUAAGUUUACUCCCUUCAGCUGUUAGAUAACAGCAACAUGACCCUACACUCGGCCCUCCCCCUCCUUUUUGGUAUGUUAAGAGACAAAGUGGAGUCAGAACCUUUUAAUAUUACAAGUAAGAGCAUACCAGUUGCUUCAAAGGAAAAACACCUACCGAUUUCAUUUGGAUUCUGGACGCAUAAAGAACAAAUAAAAUGCUUCUGAUACUAGGAUGUGUUUUGACCACCUGUAUAGUUUGGAAAACUGAAAGCAAAAUAACAAAUAAUCAGAUUUCUAAUUUCAUGAACACAGAAAACAACAACCUGAUAAUAGAUCUCUCUCAUAAAAACUUAUACAACCUUUCCUGUGGGAUAUUAAGCGAUCUUAAAAUUGAAAUUCUAAACAUAUCAAAUAACAACAUAAUAGAGAUUCCACCCUGUUUACCACCCACUUUAAAAACACUGGACUUGAGCAGAAAUAAUAUUUUGUACUUAACAGACCACAGUUUGCAAAACCUCACACACUUGCACAACCUGAUACUCCAUGGUAAUGAUAUAAAAGAAGUUUUUCUGAAACAAGUGGUGAACCUGGAAUUGUUAGAUCUUAGCUACAACAGACUACAGGCAUUUCCACAUGCACCACAAUGGCCCAAGCUGCAAUAUUUAUCUGUUGCACGAAAUGCAAUUGGCACCGUGAAUCUCCGAGACUUGGAGGCUAUGCCAAUUCUGAAGCACCUUGACCUGUCACAAAAUGAUUUUAAUUUGAACUUCUCUGGAGGAUCCAAUAUCUCUACAGGAAUCAUCAGGGAGCUUGUCAUGAGUGAUACCAAUAUUACUAUUGUAAAAGAUGAUCCGUGGUGCACAUUUUUCAAGAAUGUAGAACAACUCUAUUUAAGAAAUAAAAAUAUUUCAGAUUUUCCUAAAGACUGUAUGCCCAAAUUAAAGAUGAUACAUUCUGAGGAGUCACCCUUAGCAAUGAAAAUAGAUUAUUCCCAAAACGACAAAGCAAUAGAAUUAUCCCUCAGUUGUGAUCAAUCAAUACUGAACACAUCCGUUACAAAUAAUAUUAUUGAGCCUACAAGUGGCAAUGACAGUAUAGCUCUAAGAAAACUCUGCCUUCUGAAUCCUACAUUGAAAAGGUACAGCGCAUCAACAAAUGUCUCAAUUCCAAGUGUGCAUCAAACAACUGUAGUUACAUCUCCCACCACAGCUCACUAUACUACAGAACAUAAAUCCUGGACUACGCAUCAAUCCCCCAUUUUAAUGAAUAUACCUGCAUCAACAGUCCACACAGAAAGGACAAUCACCUCAUCGGCCUCAGAUUUAAAAAGAACCACCAUCAAAAGCCCACCGCAAAUAAAGCCGACUCAGAAAAUGGCAACUAUACCAAUUUUUAAACAAGAUUUUCUGGAUUAUAAUGACUACUCACAUGAAGCUGAGCCCGAGACCUACUUAGGCAGGAAAGAAUGUAAUUAUGAUCGAUGUAGGCACCUCCAACGGCCUUGCUCAGAACUUGCCCGAAUUCACAAUUGUUUAUGCCCAGGUUUAUCACAAGAAACAGUCCGUCCCGAUCCUCCGACAAUGGCAGAGGUAUCCAGGAUUACACACAAGUCUGCAGAAAUUCAGUGGUGUGCACCUUACUCUGUUGUAGAUGAGUACCAGCUGAAGAUCAAGCAGGAAGGAAAAGUUAAUACAAUUAAAAGCAUCAGCCCCAUGUUUAGAAAGUUGACCGUUUAUGAGCUGUUGGCAGGCAAGGCAUACAACAUUUGCGUUUUAGCAAAGAACAAAGCAGGUGUUUCAAAUGAGCACUGUACGACAUUCACAACUGACAUGGACAAUAUUGCUUUUGUUUAUGCCUUAGCCAGUGUGGCUGGACUUCUACUGGUUGUUGUGAUUGUACAAGCUAUCUGCAUAUGUAAACUUUGCAAAAAGCUACCUCCGCCUGCUGAAACAGCAUUUCUUGCCAGUUUAGUCUCCAUCUCCAAUCCAGCAUUCUGUGACUUUGAAGAGAAACAGGCUACAUCAGCACCCAUUUUCAAGACAUAGAAAACAUUGCCUCAAGGGUAGAAAG